UAAAAACAAAAGAAGAAGAGCGUCAGCGAGAAGGCGGAAGUUUUGGUUGGCAUCUUCAAGCUAAUUUGUCUCAGAUUUGGCUGAAAUAUUUGAGUGUCCACGUAUAUUCACAAUGAACCUGGAACGACUUCCCAACGAGGAGAAACUCAGCCUGUGCAGGAAAUAUUACUUAGGAGGUUUUGCAUUUCUGCCAUUCUUGUGGCUCGUUAAUGUUGUUUGGUUUUUCCGGGAGGCAUUCAUGAAGCCAGCCUACACUGAGCAGCUCCAGAUCAAAACCUAUGUGAAGCGGUCUGCACUGGGGUUGCUGUUAUGGGUGGCAGUUCUCACCACGUGGAUCACUAUUUUCCAGCACUUCAGAGCAGAGUGGGGGGAGGUGGGAGAUUACCUCUCCUUCACAAUCCCUCUGGGCACUCCCUGACUUUUCUUCCUGUCUUUUUUUUUUUUUUAAUUGAAACGAUCAACGAAACUGGACCAAAUUAUUUUUCCUUUUUUUAAACUACAGGGGAAAAACUUCAGUGGUUUGUCUGGUUUCUGCAACAACAUUCUGUUUUUGAAUGACUUGUUUCUACAGUAAAUGUUAAAACAAAAUGCUUUUGGUUCCAGAAAUAACUUUCACAUCUGCCAAGGGAUUUGAGGAAGUUUUUUGGCUUUAGACUAGGUUAAUCAGUGUUUAAUAAUAUUAAUGAUGGGAUGGAUGAUUGGAUUGCAAUCAGUCUGGCUGAAACUGAACACUGUGUAGUUAUUGUUUGUGUUCUCAAACUCAUUUAUAUUUCCAUGUAUAUGAAAAAUAAAAAUAAAAAAAAAAUCC